UGUAGUUGAAUUUGUUAGCAGGAACCGCCCUCAUCAUGUCCAUAUGUGGAGGCCUGUAGAGUUUAUGCCUGUCCCAAACACUUUAAAAACAAGGCAAAGGUAGAGACUUAAAUGUUGCCCAUUUCCUACCUCUUGUGCCAUGGGUUGUUUAGUCAAAUUGGGGUGGCUUACUCUCAUAUUAGCUGUUGUAAAUAUAAGCGCUCAAAAGAAAUCCUUGAUAAAUGUCAGCUCAAAAUGCUUGGGGAACAUCAUGCGUGUGGAUGUCGGUCCACUAGGAGGAAAUCUUCUUGAAGUGUCUGGUGUUGUUAAUAACUCUGCGAUCCUGAUUACACCAAGAUUAGCUUCCAUGUGUGGCUUCAGCAUGAAGAUGGACCCUCUAGGAAAUGCUAUGAUUUUUGCCUCCCUUCAAAACUGUUUUGCUCAAAAUGUGGAUGAUAAGGCAUUCACAACAACGUUAAAGCUUCGUCUGCAUGGGAAUUGGAUGACUGAAGAUGAGGUGUACCAGGUGGCUGAGACCUGCCAAUACACUGCCUGGGCCUCCAGGGAAAUUGUCUGUGUCCAAAACUACAUGGAGGUGUCUGUGAAGAGGGCAGCUCCAGAAGAUUAUGCCCUGCCUCUACAUCACGUCUCAGGGGUUAAGUCAAUGUUUCGCAAUGUUCGACAAGUUAAGAAACAACCCGUAGAUGCAGAAUUCAGACUCUCAACACUCACAUUCUUCACUCCUGAGGAGAGGCUCAUGAAGGUCCCUGAAGCACAGCGCAGAGGUUAUGGGAUUGCAAAAACCCCUACAAGACUGGUUUUGCGAAUCCCAAAGACUUCACCUGAAAUAUACACUCAGACUGUAGCUGGUGUUCCAAUGAUGGUGCUUAAAACUUCCAUGAAAUUUGAAAAGAAGUGGCUGGUGACCCAAAUCAAUGUGGAUGCAGCUUGCCCAAUACUGGAGGGUAGUGUUUCCCUAACCCCAAACACAAUCAGCUGGAUCCUGCCAAGGAACAUUGACCCGCUGAUGUCCUCUGGUCAGGUUAAACUGUUGGAGGUGCACAUGGGUGUUGAUGGCCAGAGGCUCAACACUGCUGAGAUGGCUGCCAGACAAUAUGUGUUGUCUGUCAGUGAUGUGCACAUUGUCAUUAAAAUUCCUGUUGGGGCUGUUGGUGGCCACUUUAAGAGUCAUGUUCAGGAUGGUCAGUACCUCACUACUUAUACCAUUGUACCAAUGCUUGAGUUGCUCUGGACUGAAGACUCUGCUUACGAGGACACAAGAUACAAAGUCAUCCUUCCCAUCACAACGCCACUUCUGUCUCGACCAGUGCAAGUCAUUGACAACACUGUUACCAAGGAGCAGAUAUUUAAGGUGCUGAUCGGGCCUUUCAGCCCUGAUGUAGCACUGAUAAACAUCACCUUCCCCUAUGAGGUUUUGUCAGUGGCAGACGGCAACCUUAGAGGCUUUAACAUCCUGCAGCAUGAGUCUCACAACAACAGCUCAAAGGUCUUUACACUGGAAGUGCCCUUCACAGACCCUAGUGUACUACAAAUGAGAGAAAAAAGCAUUACAGUCUACUCUCUUUACCUGACCUUUGGCUUGCUGGUCCUGCCAGAGUUUGCUCCAUUUUCUGUCUCUGCUUAUCUGGAAGCUAAAAUAAUAGACAUAGUUCAACCUUCAAUCUCUGGUGGCUGCGAUGGUCAAAACUUUCACAUCUUCGUGAAACAUGGGACCAACUCCUUGAACUUUCAGCUCACAGUAGGAAGACAAGUGUUGACCCCAGACUUGGCUCAGCAGUUCGGCUUCAUGGACAAUGGAACACACUUAAGUUUUUCAGUACCAUCUUAUGCCCCUAUUGUUGUAAAAGAGGCUGUUGAGGGGUCCUCCAUCAGAAGCAGACUCGAUGUGGCUCUGAAGUUUCCUGAGGCCGACAAAAAUAUCAAAGACUUCUCUUUGGCUUGCAACUUCUUCUCAACACUGACUGAGUGUUUUCCUAAUGGAACCAUGACAGCUGUGGCGCUGAAACUGGAGUCAGUUCCCAGCCUCAACCCCAGGCAGCUCACCCUCAGAGACCCCAGCUGUGGUCCCUCAUAUAGCAAUGACCACUAUGCUUAUUUUGUCUUCGCUGGAAACUCCUGUGGGACAACCAGACAGUUUUUGCCAAAUACGAUGAUGUAUGAAAAUGAAAUCUCUGUGCCAGAUGAAAAUUUAAUGAAAACAAACUCAAAUAAGGACUCGCUGGAUUAUCAUCUAAAGGUUUCUUGUCAUUAUGACAUCAACACAAACCAGGGCGUGGCCUUCUUCACCAGCCCUCGUACAAAUGAACCAUUUGCUGCAAAUGCAAGAGGCGAGCUGCAAGUUGAAAUGAGACUUGCUUCAGAUGACACCUACAGCGCAUUUUACAACCUAGAUGGUCCCAUCACAAAGUACCUACAACAGCCGCUGUAUUUUGAGGUGAAACUGAUGAAGUCUACAAACCCUGAGGUGUCAUUGGCACUUAUGUCCUGCUGGGCGACUCUAGAGAAUGACCGCAAAUCCCUUCCCAGAUGGGACAUAAUAAUUGAUGGCUGUCCAAGCCCAAAGGACCCGUUCCCAGUGAAAUUCCAUCCUGUUUUUCCUGAUGGCAGAGUUCAGUAUCCUUCUCAUGUCAAGCGCUUUGAGGUCCCAAUGUUUGCCUUUGCCGACGAUAACGAGAACUUGAAAAGCAAGCUCUUUUUCCACUGUGACGUGGUGCUCUGUGAUGCUAGAAAUCCAGUGGGUAGACCUUGUACUGGGCAGUGUUCAACCCCGGACUACACUACAAAAGGUCAAAAACGUGCCGUUUCCAAAGGCCAAAGAUCCAAACCCGUGUCAUUAGGACCCAUAUUUAUUGAACAAAAUCCUUAGAUUUUAAAAAACAAU